CAUUCUGCUUGCCGCGCGGCUGCGAAGCUUCUGACAGGGUUGCCGGGGACGCGCACGCCACGCCCUCCCAGCGAGAGGGGCGGGACUAGGCCGCUGCCGAGGACGGGUGAGGUGACUGGUGAAGCGGAAACCCGCCGGCCAUGGAGCCGGGCCUCCGCGGCCGAGCCGACAAGGUCCCCUCUGACUGCGCCGCACCAUGCGCCUCAGCCUCUUCCGGCGCCUCCUCCUGGCCGCCCUGCUGUUCGUGAUUGUCUGGACGCUCUUUGGGCCCUCGGGCAUCGGGGAGGAGCUGCUGAGCCUCUCGCUAGCCUCCCUGCUCCCAGGCCCGGCCUCGCCAGGGCCGCCCCUGACCCUGCCCCGCCUCCUGAUCCCCAACGAGGAGGCGUGCGGCGGUCCCGGCCCCCCGCCCUUCCUGCUAAUCCUGGUUUGCACGGCCCCGGAGAACCUGAACCAGAGAAACGCCAUUCGGGCCUCGUGGGGCCGGCUGCGCGAGGCCCGAGGGCUCAGGGUGCAGACUGUCUUUCUACUGGGAGAGCCCAGCUGGGGCUCGCGCGGGAACGACCUGGCGCGGGAGUCAGCGGCCCAGGGGGACAUAAUGCAGGCGGCCUUCCAGGAUUCCUACCGCAACCUCACUCUCAAGACCCUCAGCGGGCUGAACUGGGCCGACAAACACUGCCCUGUGGCCCGCUACAUCCUCAAGACCGACGAUGAUGUGUUCGUCAAUGUCCCCGAACUGGUAUCAGAGCUGGUCCGGCGAGGAGGCCGCUGGGAGCAAUGGGAAAGGGGCAUGGGGCCCCUGAGAAAGGCGAAAGUUGGAGAUGAAAAGUGGGAAGGAGGCCCCACCUUGGCGAGCCAGCCCGUGCCUCUCUUGUACCUGGGCCGUGUGCAUUGGCGAGUGCACCCCUCUCGGACACCAGGGGGCAAGCACCAGAUAUCAGAGGAACAGUGGCCUCCCACCUGGGGCCCCUUUCCCCCCUACGCCUCAGGCACGGGCUAUGUGCUAUCGGCUUCUGCUGUGCAGCUCAUACUGAAGGUAGCCAGCCUGGCACCCCCUCUGCCACUGGAGGAUGUCUUUGUGGGGUUAAGUGCCCGACGAGGAGGCCUCGCCCCAACCCACUGUGUCAAGCUGGCUGGUGCCACCCACUACCCCCUGGAUCGGUGCUGCUAUGGGAAAUUCCUGCUGACAUCCCACAAGUUGGACCCCUGGGAGAUGCAGGAAGCCUGGAAGCUGGUGGGUGGCUCUGAUGGGGAAAGAACUGUACCCUUCUGCUCCUGGCUCCAGGGAGUCCUCGGCAUCCUCCGAUGCCGGGUAAUAGCCUGGCUUCACAGCUGAGAGGGCCUGGGUGCCCAGGAGAGGGGCGAGGAGCUGAGAGUCCAGCCAGCACCCUCACCACCUUCUCUCUCCCGGGCCCAAGGCAGAGGCUCU